GGAAUCUGUGUGGAACAGUUGAGCUGUCAGGUGUGUAGAAGAACACACAAUAUUUUUAUUUAUAAUGUAUUUAUUAUUUUCAGUUUGAAUCCUGAUGAUUCCUGGACUGUUUCUGCUCUUUCUACAUCACACUCUGCAGACGUUUUGGAUUUUUGUGAUUAAACAGGACAGGUGUUUGUAGAGCUGUUGGAGAUGUUACCUUUCUGUGCUAGCGGUAGAAAAACCGAGACAAAUAUUUGCAUAAUUAAAAGACACAGCUGUGGUAGAUCGAGCCUUGUGUUGUUUCCAGGUGGAGCAACACCACCCAGGGGUAUCAUCUUCUUCAUAACAUAUUGAGAUGUCUGUCAAAAUCCAGAUCAUAAUGUGACUCAGACAGAUGUGGAACCUGUUGGAUUAACGUCAGAAAAAAUAACGUUGUUAAGGUUUCACUGAAUGUCACUGUGGAUUCGGAAGAAACAUUUAAACACCUCCACAAGUCCUGUUUGCUGCUGUGUGUCACAUUGUUUCCUCUGACUUUAAUAAACACCUGCAGCAUCACCAUCAGUGCGUCUUUACGCGCAUUUACGCACGUGGCGUCACUUAAGACAAAUACUAUUCUGUGGACUUGUACACACACGCCAGCUGUUCCACACAGACCGAAGGUUUAUAGGGUGAAGGUAUUUGUAUUAAAGCUUUUCUGGAUGAAUCCUGAGCUCCACUGGAGUGUCAUGAGUUUUAUUAAGAUAAAUCGUCGUUACGAACAAAAUGUGAUUUGGCUGUUUUAGAUGUUGGACUGGAGUUACAAGGUGAACUUUGUGCAAACUCCUGCGAGUACAUGCAACAAGGCAAGAUUAGAAACAAAUAAGAUGACAUUAUGGAUGUUUUUCUGAACUUCGAAUCAAAAUUCCUUCGGCACAGGCGCGCGUGCAUCAUUUGAAUCCAUGGAAACGCUCCGAACGCAUAUAAAAGGCCAGACCUUCGAUCGGUUCUUUUUUGCACUUGGACUUUGACUAGACUAGUUGCGAAUUGACCUCAACGCUAGAAAGCUUUCAAAAGCCGGACAGCAUCUCAAAAACAACCUUACUGAAGACCAACCUCAGCGGAUCAUCGAGAGAAAAAGAAGAAGAACUUGCCGAAGAAAGCACCAGUUGGACAGAAGCACACCUGCAGUUUGCAUUCAGAGGACUUGGGACCUCCAGUGAUCCAGGGAGACCUCCAGCGUCAGAACUACGGACGGUUUGAACACACACACCUACACCUCCUGCACCAUGCUUUCCCCCUUUGCUCCCCCCUUCUCUCCUCGCUUUUCUUCCGCUCUUUCCCCCUUUGCUCCCCCCUUCUCUCCUCGCUUCUCUUCCUCUCUUUCCCCCUUUGCUCCCCCCUUCUCUCCUCGCUUCUCUUCCUCUCUUUCCCCCUUUGCUCCCCCUUCUCUCCUCGCUUCUCUUCCUCUCUUUCCCCCUUUGCUCCCCCCUUCUCUCCUCGCUUCUCUUCCUCUCUUUCCCCCUUUGCUCCCCCUUCUCUCCUCGCUUCUCUUCCUCUCUUUCCCCCUUUGCUCCCCCCUUCUCUCCUCGCUUCUCUUCCGCUCUUUCCCCCUUUGCUCCCCCUUCUCUCCUCGCUUCUCUUCCGCUCUUUCCCCCUUUGCUCCCACCUUCUCUCCUCUCUCCUCUAUCUCUUCCUCUUCCACCUCUUGCUCCUCCUUCACCCCUCUUCCUCCAGCUUCUCCCCCUUCUCUUCCUUCAUGCCCUGCCCCCUCUCUCUCCCCUUCACCUCUCUCCCCUCCCCCUCCUCCUCCUUCUCCUCCCCUCUCCUCCUCCUCCCUCCCUUCCUCUCCUCUUCUUCCUCUCCCUACUCCUUCACGCUCCACCACCUCUCUUCUUCCUCUCCCUACUCCUUCUCCUCCUCUUCUUCCUCUUCCUCUCCCUACUCCUCCUCUCUUCUUCCUCUCCCAACUCCUCAACCUCCUCUCUUCUUCCUCUCCCUCCUCCUCCUCCUCCUCCUCUCUUCUUCCUCUCCCUACUCCUUCACGCUCCUCCUCCCUUCUUCCUCUCCCUACUCCUUCUCCUCCUCCUCUCUUCUUCCUCUCCCAACUCCUCAACCUCCUCUCUUCUUCCUCUCCCUCCUCCUCCUCCUCCUCCUCCUCUCUUCUUCCUCUCCCUACUCCUUCUCUUCCUCUUCUUCCUCUACCUCUCCCUACUCCUUCUCUUCCUCUUCUUCCUCUACCUCUCCCUACUCCUUCACGCUUCUCCUCCUCUCUUCUUCCUCUCCCUACUCCUUCUCUUCCUCUACCUCUCCCUACUCCUUCUCUUCCUCUUCUUCCUCUACCUCUCCUUACUCCUUCUCUUCCUCUUCUUCCUCUACCUCUCCCUACUCCUUCUCUUCCUCUUCUUCCUCUACCUCUCCCUACUCCUUCUCUUCCUCUUCUUCCUCUACCUCUCCCUACUCCUUCUCUUCCUCUUCUUCCUCUACCUCUCCCUACUCCUUCACGCUUCUCCUCCUCUCUUCUUCCUCUCCCUACUCCUUCUCUUCCUCUACCUCUCCCUACUCCUUCUCUUCCUCUUCUUCCUCUACCUCUCCUUACUCCUUCUCUUCCUCUUCUUCCUCUACCUCUCCCUACUCCUUCUCUUCCUCUUCUUCCUCUACCUCUCCCUACUCCUUCUCUUCCUCUUCUUCCUCUACCUCUCCUUACUCCUUCUCUUCUUCCUCUACCUCUCCCUACUCCUUCUCUUCUUCUUUCUCUACCUCUCCCUACUCCUUCACGCUCCUCCACCUCCUCUCUUCUUCCUCUCCCUACUCCUUCUCUUCUUCUUUCUCUUCCUCUCCCUCCUCCUUUCCUUCCUCGUUUUCAUUAAAUUUAAUUGUAUAUUAAAUUUAAUGAAUAUGGGGUUCACGGGGCGCAUUACAGUGGUGGCAUGGUGGCAUACAUGUUUUUUUGAUUUAGAUUUAUCAUACAAGAAUUCUUUAAUUCUUCCAUAGGAUGUGAUACAUUUUCUGCAAGAUUCUCACACAUUUUCCUGGAGUUUUUUUUUCCCAUCUCCAAGGUCUGAUGACCCCGGGAUUCAAACCGAAAGAAGGAUGAGAAGAAGACCCCACAGAUGAGGCCCAGCUCCAGCAGACACGUGAAGACGAGGAACCGAGCCCACCAGAGACGACCUUAGAGACGCCAACCAGCCUGCGAUGAGACGACAGGACAACUGUACAAGGAACAGAAUGCACUGCUGCUUCCUGGACACCAAAUGAUUUCAACAGGGAUGGAACAUCGAGGAGAAAUAAGUCAUUUUGAAGAAAAGAUGAUGGGAAACAUGUCCAGGACCAGUGCAUGAGAUGUGAGACCAGUCAACUAAUACAAAAGCUCUCUCUCCAAGACACCUGAUAAAAUGUAGAAUCAGAUCAAGACAAGAAACCCGAUAAGGAGCAGCCCCAGCAUGUGAACUCAGACUACGGAAGAGGGGAUGCUUAUUAUAGCGACAUAAAAGGAGGAAGUCGGAGCACAAAGAGAAAACCCCACAGAGACACAGAGAGAACAUGGACAGAAAGAACCAGAUGAGCAGCAGAAGACAAAGAAACAGUUCGAGGAGCCUCAGGACGAUCAACAACAGAAGAAAGCUGUCAGAGAACAGGAAGAAGAUGACCAACAGCAUCAACCAGAGAAGAAGAAGAGAAGCUCCAGAUUACUCCAAAGGUAUCUCUGGAGCUGGCCUCACCGACCUGCAAAGACUUCAUGCUCCUUCCUUCCUCUGUACCCUCAUCCCAAAUGGAGGUUUUUUUCAACUUCCUGGCAACAGGAAGUUUUUUUCCUCCACACUGCUAUCAAAUGCUUAAUGUGAUCAAACUACAAUAAGAGAUGGAGGUUUUUUUCAACUUCCUGGCAACAGGAAGUUUUUUUCCUCCACACUGCUACCAAAUGCUUGAUCUGAUCAAACUUCAAUAAGAGAGACUAAAAUAAAAAAUCAAAACAAGGGA